AUGAAUUCCAAUUUGGGGAAUACGUCUACAAUAUCUGUAACAUCAACAAAUUCUGUUAAUCCUAUGAAUACAACUACUAAUAAUACUACUACCAAUAGAAGUGGUAGUUGUAGUAGUGGUGGUAGCAAGAAUAGUACUAACACACUGUAUGCUACAACUGUCGCCACAAAUACGACAAGUUCAAUAUCGUCAUCAACAACAACAACAACUUAUGGUUCAUUAGCUACUUCCAUUGUUACAACGACUAUAGCUGGAAAUACAGUCGGGUCGGCUACUUCAUCUUUGACGAAGCAUAUGAAUAUUAUUACUAGUACUACUACCACUACUACUGCUACUAGUUCAGCGAAUAGUAGUAGUAGCAGUAAUAACAAUAAUAAUAAUGAUCAUAAUAGUAGUGUAGUACAAACUAGUUGUGUGAACAUGAACAACAAUCCGAUUACUACCAAUGAUAAUCAUCCUCCUAUUGAUGUUACUACUUUAACCAACAGUACUAUGGAUAAAUCUAAUUCAAGUCUACUGUUAUCAACAUCUGGAACAGUCUUCUACAGGCCUAAACGUGUAUGGACUAAACAUGAGUGUACUUAUGAGUGUAAAUUCUCUGGAGUUGGUGCAAGACCGUUACGCAGUGUAGUUGGCGCAGAUAUCGGAGGGCCUAAAGGUUGUCGACGUGGGGAACAAGGUCAUACACCGGAGGAUUAUGACAAAUUUGUAGAUUUAAUCCAACGUAUGCUAGUCUAUGAGCCAAGAUUUCGUAUUCGUCCUGAAGAAGCUUUGACACAUCGUUUUUUUACACGCAAAGACGAAGGACAACAACAGCAACAAAGCUUGAAUUCUUCUACAUUCGCUGUGACUUCGAAUCCAACUACUAGUGUUGUCACUAGUAUUGGGAUAAAUACUACAGUCACUUCUUCUACUUCUUCUGGUAUCAUUACUACUCCCGGUUGUGUUGUUGUUACCACUAAUCCGAGUGGAAAUACUUUAUCCUUUGGUACAUUAUCAGUUUCUACGAGUAACAAUAAUAAUAAGCAAUCACCGAAUACUACUACAGUUGGUGGUGGUGGUGGUGGUGGUAUUCUUACCGGUGGACAUUAUGUUCAUGAGAAAAUCUCUUCCAACAUUUCAUCAUUUUAUCAUCAGAAUCAAAUUUCAGAUCAGGAUAUGAUGAAUGCAUCGUAUUUAACUUUUGCUCCUAAUCAAGAUAUAAAACAUACGAUCUCUUCACCUGGACCUGGUUCUACUCCUGCUACUACUGUUUAUCCAUCACCCUUAUAA